CUAGCCCCUGCCGAGGCGACUCCCGUACCUGCACGUCUCCCCUCCCCUCCCCUCCCCGGUGGUUGGAGCCAUUAUAGAGGGAGAGGAGCACCAUCUCCUACAGUCCCAAGAUCCCAGCCCCAUCUCCUCCCGUCCUCCGUCCCUCCCUUCCCCUGUUCCCAAAUCUUACUCCCCGUGCGCCGCGAUGGAGGCGAGCAAGCUCAAGGCGGCCAGGCUCCUGGAGCAGAUGAGCGCCCACCUCGCCACCGACGCCGGCAAGGAGAUUGCCAACAAGGUCGGCUUCGUCUACCAGCUCAACAUCUCGCCCAAGAAGAUGGGCGUGGACGAGGAGAUCUUCGUCGUGGACCUCAAGAAGGGCGCCGUCUCCACAGGGAAGUACGAGGGGACCCCGGACGCGGCCUUCACCUUCACCGACGACGACUUCCUCGCCAUCGCCAGUGGCAAGCUGAACCCGCAGAUGGCGUUCAUCCGGGGUAAGCUGAAGAUCAAGGGGAGCAUCAGCGCCGCGCAGAAGUUCACGCCGGACAUCUUCCCCAAGCCGUCCAAGUUGUAGAAGGCCGGAUUGCCAUCCCGUGCAUCAAAAGAGUUUAGUUGUACAAGGCUGAAGAUCAACGGUUAAUAAAAGAGUCUAGUUGUGUUCGCGGUGGCAAUUUGGUGGGAUUGUUACUGGGAAGGAGUUUGUUUACCUAGAACUACCACACGAACAGCAGAGGUUUCAGUCAGUGUCUCGAGUGAAAUUCGUUUUCUUUGGUUGAGAAGGAGAACACUAGGUACGAAUCGAUGUGUAUUGUGACGAUGAUGAUAAGCUUUCUCGAUGGAUCACUGUUUACUGUUA